CGUGUCGUGUCUGUACCUGAUGAAUAGGUGAAGGGCUUGAUGCGAUUGAUGGAAGGGGAACAUGUUGGUCCUUUCAAUCUUGGCAACCCUGGUGAAUUCACCAUGCUUGAACUUGCCCAGGUGGUACAAGAGACCAUUGAUUCAAAUGCAAAGAUAGAGUUCAGGCCGAACACAGAGGAUGACCCCCACAAGAGAAAGCCAGACAUUUCAAAGGCCAAAGAACUUCUCGGGUGGGAGCCGGUUGUCUCCCUCCGGGACGGCCUUCCUCGCAUGGUUUCUGACUUCCGACAACGCAUAUUUGGUGACGAAAAGGGCAGUGGCGCCACGGGUAUGUCCUCAGCAUAGAUUGACAAAAACCAAAGGGCGCAGUGAGGAAGAAAGUAGAAAGAGGCAAGGGUAGAAUAUAAUAAAUGUUUUAAAACAACUAUAUUUAUUGUCUCUCUGUCACUUCCUUUUCACAAAUAAAUGUCCCAAAA